UUUUCAAUGCGUGUAGGGGCCGCUACGAUACUAUCGAACAAACAACUACAAGUUUGCAGUGUUUUUGUUUUGCGAAGUUGGACUGUUUGGAAUAUCGUAGACAGCUGAAAGAAUUAGAGAAGGAGAACUAAGUUGACAUCGGAUACAAGAGAAAACAAAACUUAUUAUUUUAACUAGCAUGGGGGACGUAAACGUGGAAGUGGAAUACUGUGGUGGAUGUGGAUAUCUCCCAAAAUUCCAAGAGUUAUCGGAUAAGAUUCGUGAAUCUGUACCAUCAGCGAACGUAACAGGAAAGGAGGGACGAACAGGUUCAUUUGAGGUUUCUGUAAAUGGACAGCUCAUCUACUCAAAGCUGCGAACCAUGGCAUUUCCUGAUUUUCAGAAUGUAACAGACAUUGUGAAUGAUGCAGCAGCUGGUAGAGAAAUAAAGUCUGUUGACAAACAGCAGCCUAUAAACUGCAUUAUUUUGUAAUUAUCAUAUAAUUUGCUCAAGAGUGUUGUUGUUCAAUGUUUAAGGAUUUUUCUAUAAAGAAGCUCAAGUAUUGAGCCAUUUUUCCAAGUGUAUCUCUGUGUGAUUUGCUAGUUAAUAUUGUGUGUAUGCAUUCACAAACCUUUAGUCACUUGUUUGAAUCUAAAUAUUUUUAUGGUAUGUACAAACUGUAAUAUAUAUAUAAUAUAACUAUAUGUAAUAAAUACAUGAACUU